AUUUUGCCACAAGGUGUCCUGGUGUAUUUGUAGCGCCACGCUGCUGGUUGUCCUUGAGGUAUUGAACAAUGAGUUUGAUGUGAGUGAAAUGUCGUGGAAUCGCACUUAGUUUUUAAGUUACUAACAUCCCUUCCGCUUCGUACAAAACUCAAGGGUGUUUUUUUCUUAUCUCUCUAGCAAUCCCAGAUGACAUUGUACAAAGUCACCAUAAAACUGCCAAAAAUAGUGCCUUUCUGUGAUCCUAGCUUAACUACAGUAUUUGUAAAAGUAACAUUUAUUAAUCAUGGCUACUGCUGAGAUUUCACAUCACGAAGACCUUGUCCUGGAACCAAUCUCUUUAACUGAUAUUAAAUGGAAUGUAUCUAAUGGAGAUGAAGCCCAUGACUUUCCUGAAGUUCAUCUGGAUGGAAACCAAGUGAAAUAUUUUUCUGCUGCCAUGGGUAUGAGCUCGAAGCGCAAAAGAGAAGCGUCACUUUCUUCUCCGGCUGCAAGUAACAAACAAACAGUGCAAAAUAACUGGCGCCAUGCUCUGAUGAAAGCGCGGUCUCAUACCGACACUUGGGAGAAAUUUCACUUGGAUCACUAUCCGACCGAAAAUGCCAAUCGUCAUCGGUACAAUGCAUUGCAAAAAGAAUGGGUAGUCGAUCAAGUCAGUGUUAAAGUGCAAACCGAGUCUUUCGCCCAUGGUGCCAUGAGAGAAUGUUACCGUAUUAAAAAGCUUAGCAAUUUCAGUCAUAACCAAGAUUGGCGGCGGGAUUCUAAUAAUGCUGUCAUUAAACGAUUUAUUCAACCAGUUGAUCGCCAAACGUACUUUGAUGAAGUGAAACUUCAAAUGGAUGCAAAACUAUGGGGUGAAGAGUUUAAUCGGCAUCACCCACCUAAACAAAUAGAUUUUUUUCAAAUGGCUGUCCUAGAAUUUGUUGAUCGUCCUGAUAGACCAUUAUACCACAUAGAAAAUUUCAUAGAAGGAAAUUACGUUAAGUACAAUUCUAAUUCUGGCUUCGUACUUGGUGACGAAGCUCAUCGUCACACGCCACAAGCAUUGAGUCAUUUUACUUUUGAACGUUCCGGUCACGAGCUGAUGGUUGUGGACAUUCAAGGUGUAGGGGAUUUAUACACGGAUCCUCAAAUUCAUACCGUCUCAGGUACCGAAUACGGUGAUGGUAACCUUGGAACAAAAGGAAUGGCUUUGUUCUUCCACUCACAUGUAUGCAAUCCAAUUUGUACAAAUUUGGGGCUAACGCCAUUUGAUUUGGCCCCUUCUGAAAUUGCUUUGUUGACGGCCAAUCCGUCCGCUUCAAAUGACGUCGGAACUGUUUCACGUGGAACAGAAGAAAUUGUAGUUCUGCCUUCUCAGUAUCAACGAACCCAUCUUCACGAAUUUCUUCGCAUGAGAUCUUCAUCAAGCAUUGGCUCAUGUGCAUCGCUAACAGAUAGCAUAGGUGAGUGGACCGCCAAUGAUAUUGCGGACGAUGAUGGCAACGAUUCGGACGGAGGAAUCCAACUUACGCUCCCGCCUUUCUUCGGUGGGAAAAAGCGAUGUUGACGUAACAGACAAUCGAUUGAUAAGAAAAAUCGCCCAUCGGGCGUUCUAGCAGAGAUAGAAGCAAGACAAAAAUUGUGGGACGCCGAAGAAGAAGACAGUGAAGAUUGCGAUGAAAUACGUAAGCAACGUACGGGUGGUUCGGUUUUGGGACAAAUUCACUUAGAUAUGGCCAAGUAUCACGAAAUGCAACGUUUUACUAAGCCCGACUCAACCGGCUACGAUCAUGAAGCUGCCUUCUACCAUUUACGACACGCGGCUGAUUGCGGUAAUCUUGAAGCAAUAAUUACGACGGCAAGAAUUGCUCUGAACCUGCCACAUGAUGUUCUUCCGGAUCUGGAUUUGGAAGAAUCAGACCAAAAUACCGACAUGGGUGUUGAUUACAUGCGCAUGGCGGCCAUUGCUGGAGAUCGUGCAGCUCUAGUAUACUUGGCAAAAGCAUAUGAUACUGGAAAAGGAUUAGGAAGCCGGCCCAUAUCGUGGUCCGAAUCAGUUUACUGGUACACCGAAGCGAUAGAGGCAGUAAAAACCAGUGACGAGGAGGGAAACUACGAUGGCACUAUGGACGACCCAACCUACCAACUUCUAGGUCGUUUAGGUGAAAUGUACCGAGAUGGAGGACAUGGCCUGGAGAGCAAUCCAGCCAAAGCAGCCGAUUACUUCACUAGCGCGGCAGACUCUGCCAUGGCUGCCAUGAAGGGAAGAUUGGCCAAUAAGUAUUAUGCGUUGGCUGAAGAAAUGAACGCGUUGAUUGACGAGGACGAAAUCUGAAUGACUGUGGUGUGCACUAGUCUAGGUCUUUCUUUUCAACUCUUAAGAAUUUUUCUGUUAUCAACAAUCUUCUUUUAACAGUGAUAUUUGCAAAGGGCAUUGUUAUAGGGACUUUAGUGUGUUUGUUUUCUUUCUUUUUUAAGAAUUAACUAAUAAAAACUUCUUUGUGGUUGACUAGCUGGCCGUGAACUUUACGCGAUGGGGUGGUUACACUAACGUACUUUUCCUCUGCGCAGUUGUCUUGGCGCCGUGUUGUUCUAUAGUAAUUUUGUUUUUCAAGGGUAAAUUUGCCUGACCUAUCCUUGCCACGAAAGUAUAUCAGCGAAUACAAAUUUUAACAUUUU